GCUGUUGCAAAUUGCCCCCCGAGCUGAUUGACGCAGUAUUGUCCAAUGUCGACCUCCACUGGAGCUGCAUUGGCUGCACUAACAUGCUUAAAAAUACCGCGCUGCCGUUCGGUAAAAGAAAUAGGCGACCAGGUCGGUUUCCAAGCCGCCCUCAACUCAGCUGUAGCAGCUAUUGGCAAGCUCGUUGAGCCUAUUGUCGCCGAAGUUCGCAGUGGUUUUGCCCUCCUUCAAACUGCAUCCACGCCUCACAAUCGGAACUCUGAUCCUCGACCAGCUACUGGUAGAAAGCGGAGGCGCAUAAUCGAGGAUUCGACAUCUCCUGGUGUAAACAAAAUUGUAAACAGUCGCGGUAACAUCCUUUGUGCCGCGUCAUCGCCAAACGCAUACACCAACACCACGAUUGGCGUCCAGCCGGCACCUACACAACCGCAUGAACUGGUGGGAACCGAUCGUUAUCAUCACCGCUUCAAGCUGCACCUCGUGAGCCAUUCACAGAUAGGAUCUGGAUCCGCCUAUUCCGCUUAUCAACGGCCGUUACUGUGGAACAAGUGGUCGCUUCUGUAAAGCGUCGCUUAGCCACCGAUGACGUUAUAGCGUAUUGCCUGCUGAGAAGAGGGGUUAGUGUGGACAGCAUGAAUUGGCUUUCAUUCAAAGUGAGAGUCCCGGCUAUCCUUCGAGAUGCGGCACUCACACCAUCCACUUGGCCCGUCGGUAU